AUGGCUUGGUUGAUAUUCCUACUUUUCUGCAUUGUGAACACAGGGGCACAGCUUUCGGCUAUAACCGAUACCAGUAACCUAGAUCUUGAGAAAAUAUUGUUAACUCUACUGCUAAGAUUGCAACAUGAAAAUUUCUUCGACACUCUUUUAAUUUAUGGAGAAGAUUGUGUUUUUCCUUCUUUAUCCAGAAGAUUACCAGUCUCCACAGUGCUGGCCUCUUCGGGUACCACCGACUUUGAUUGGAAUUACAGCAGCUUAACACUGAUACUAAGUUGUGGGUUUGAAGCUGAGAAAGAGGAAAACUAUCGCACAUUGAUGAAGCUACAAACUAACAGACGUCUAAUCCUUCUUCAAGAGGACAUACAACCAGAGUCUGUAUGCAACUUUUACUCAAAAAAGGAGCAGUACAAUAUAGCCAUGGUAAAAGAAAACUUCCCUAAGUCUGGGUUAGUCUACUCCUGUCGUUUAUUUCAGGAUCAAAACUAUGAAAAAGUAAAUAUUUUCAAAGGUAGCCCGAUUUUUAUUAAUCAAUUUCGAAAUAUGCGAGGAGCUCCGAUCAGAACGAUCACAGACGACUUGGCACCUCGUUCCAUGGUUACCCUGGACCCAAAAACCGGAGAAAAGAAGUGGAUAGGCUACGUGGCCAACUUGCUGAACAACUUUAUUAAAAAGGUCAAUGCAACAAUGGUUAUGCAGGUGAAAUUGAAUGAGUUGGAGGGGAAAAUUUUCUUUGUGAAUAUAUCGAAAUGGACAGCAAAUGACCUCUUGGACAUAGGCAUGAGUGUGGACACCACCUGGGAGAUGGACAACUUUGAUACAUUCACUUAUCCCUACUUGAUGUGCUCCUACUGCUUUAUGAUUCCUCUCCCGGAUGAGGUGCCCUACAACGAGGUCUUCGCUGUGAUUAUAUAUCCCAGUGUCUUGGUGAUGCUUCUUGUUUUAUUCUGCGUCUUUUCGGUGAUGCUGAUCUACAUCCAACAAAGAACGUGGCGGGGUCUCAGCCUGACCAGCAUCCUGAUGAACGAUAUGUGUUUGAGGGGAUUUUUGGGUCAACCGUUUCCAUUUCCCCGACAAUCUAGCAGAAAACUGAAGCUGAUUUGCCUUCUUCUGUGCUUCGCCAGCUUAAUGAUCACCACCAUGUACGGAGCUUACCUAAAGACCUUCCUGUUUAGUCCCCCACCCAAGCCGAUGAUGCGAACAUUUAGCGAUUUGGAAAAGUCCAGAUACAAGGUGGCCAUGAACUGGGCCGAGAUGGAUAUGCUGCGAUUCGAGAACGACCGUAAGCUGCAGCGUGUUAGCAAUGACCGGGUGGAGAUCUUCGAGGACUAUCAUCAGUUUGUAAGCUUGCGAGAGUCCUUUAAUGACAACUAUAUCUUUCCCGUGAAUAGUUUGCGUUGGGAAACUUACAACGAGCAGCAGAAGCUGUUUCACCAUCGCGUUUUCUACUAUUCAAAUGAUUUCUGUCUCACUCGCUAUAGCAUCUUGAGUUUUCCCAUAAGACGUCACCUGCCCUAUCGCGAUCUCUUCGAGGAGCACAUCUUGAGGCAGAAGGAAUUCGGAUUACUAAAGCACUGGAUGGAUCGAAGUUUCUUGGAUAUGUUGAGGCUGAAGCUAACGCCUUAUGAGGAUUUCAGUGCACCUCCAGAGGAAACAGCUAUUUAUGUAGAUGAUCUUUACUGGAUUUUAGGAAUAUAUGCAGUUGCAUUGAGCAUCAGUUGCUGUUGCUUUGCCCUGGAGCUUUUGGGUUCUUUGAGUUGGUGGAAAAGUUUGAAAAAAUUCAUGUGGCGAGGCUUUAAAAAUUAA